AAAAUCUAAUUACCCUAGUUAGCCUUAAGCAAAUUCGCGCCCAUCAAAUUUGCGUCCACCAGCCUCCAGUUCUCAGCGAAUUCAUCUUCAACAAAAAUUCGUCCAUUGCCGCGCCGCUGCCGCCCAUUGCCGCGCCGCUCACUGCCACCCAUUCGUCUGAAACAUUGCCGCCCACUGCCGCGCCGCUCGUCUGGCCGCCGUCGACUGCUGCCUCUCUUCCGCUCUCUAUCUCUCUCACCCGUUUUAUCUCAAUCUCUAAUUUCUAUCUCUUUUCAUUUGCAGAGCCGCCGCCGCCGAUGAUGUUGUACGUAUCUCUCCGUCCUUUCGCCUCCCUCCCCUCUCCAAUACUUUUUCGCUAGCAUUCACUCUUUCACUUGAGAGAUUUUGGUGCUCAAUUUCGAAUUUUAGGGUUUUUUUUGCUAAUUCAUUGUAAAUGGGGGUUUGAAGAUUCCAAAGGCUAAAGGUUUGAUUGCUGCCAUCAGAGACGAGAAUUGCUGCCAUCUUUAAAUUAGCUAGAGGUUCGAUUGCUGCCAUUUUCAAUGUGGGAACGAGAAUUGAUACUAUAUGUUUGUUUUCUUUGCUGAUGCUGAAGGAAAAUGAGAUUUAAAGCUGAAGAUUGAAAAUUCCAGAAAUAUUGUAGAAACGUCUGUCGCCGUGCUAGUCGUGACAUCACCGCCUCCAGCCUCUGAAUCAGUUCAUCAGCUUUCAUUCUUCAGGGUUGUCGAGGUGAGAUUGAAGAGGUUCGUGAGGAUUGGGCAUCUUGUGUGAUCAAUGAGAUUGACAAGUGAAAUUCGUUAGUUUUGGAUAUGCUGGUGCAGUAGAUGAUCGUUCUUGGUUGGCUUCGGCUGAUUACAGUGUUAGGACAACUAAGGAAGUCAAGUUGGUUUCUGUGCAAAAGAACAUGGAGGAUGGAUAUCCAUCCUUUGUAGCAGAUAAGGUAGCAAGAAGAGCGAUCUUGCGGCCCAUCGGAGUUAAUGCAAUCCUUGGAAAUGUCUGCACUGCUCUUGCUGCCCCGAUGCAGGAAAUGAAAGAACUGGAUGUUCUCAGGACACUGAAGCUUCCUUGUGAAGUGAUAAUACAAGACAUAGUUGAAGGAAAAGGGCAAGAAGCUGGUGAAGAAGAUACUGUGCAGUUCAAUUAUGUAUGUCGGCGAUCAAAUGGAUAUUUUGUCCAUAGCACUGUUGAUCAGUUCAGCGGAGAAAGUUCUCCAGUCAUACUCCGUCUGGAUGAUGAGCAGGUGAUAAAAGGUCUCAAGGAGGUUUUGAGUGGCAUGAAGGUUGGAGGUUGGAUCAAUGAGGUUCAUGAAGAGAGAUUCGUUAGUUUUGGAUAUGAGAUUCCAACGGCUGCUACUUCAAACUACUUUACUUUUUUUGUUUGUAUUAGCUUAGGAUGUAUUCAAACAUUAACCCAAACUUAUGGAUGUCGGAUGAUUAUUGAAUGAAUGUGUUUUUGAGAAUUUAAA